CCUGUCUCUGCCUCUUCUCCUGCUGCAGAACACGUCGGGGGCUUGUGAAGUCCGCUCUCGGUUGUUGAAGUUAAGAUGCAGGGAGCUCACAAGCCGGCGUGGCUGGAGGCUCUCGACAAGCUAAAGUUCUUCGUCGGCUGCUCCGUGCACGAGAGCGCGAGGAAGAACGAGAAGAACAUCUGCUGUUUGGACUGUUGCACGGCUAUCUGCCCCCAUUGCUUGCGGUCUCACCGCCUCCACAGGCUGGUGCAGGUGCGGCGCUACGUCUACCAUGACGUUGUGCGGCUGCAGGACCUUGACAAGCUCAUCGACUGCUCCAGCGUUCAGUCCUACACCAUCAACAGUUCAAAGGUAGUAUUCCUCAAGAAGCGUCCGCAGAGCAGACAAUUCAAAGGAGCAGGAAACGUGUGCACUUCCUGUGACAGGACCCUCCAAGAACCUUACAUCCAUUGCUCGCUGGAGUGCAAGGUAGAUUACAUAGCAAGACACAAGAAGGAUUUCUCGCACUACAUCAGGAGAUGUCAAUCACUGCAAUUGAGCCCCGACUCCAUCGUACCACCUGACACCGAGGUUGGCGACGACGAAGAUACGAACGAGACGACACACUCCACCGUCGUGGAAGGCGAUGAUCCCAUGCGCUCGUCGGACUCGGAGGAUUUCAAUGUCCCAUACCUUAACUUCAUCCGGAAGAAGCGCAGUGGCAUAAAUCUAUGUUCAAGGUCAGCUAACAAAGUCGAUACCGAGGACAUGGCUACAAACAUGAGCAGAAGGAAGGGCAUUCCACAUAGAUCUCCUCUAUGUUAGAAUAGACCUGUUGCUAUUUCUUGACCGUCAUCUUCUUCUUCUUCUUCCUGCCUGUUAAACUAACUUGGAGGGGCUUCCAUAAAUGAGCAUCAUGUGACUCCCAGUUCCAAGCUUCACUGUACAUUUUCCAAAGAGACAUUUAAAUUAUCACCCCGAGUGCCUGAACUGGAGCACUUUCUGUUGUUC